UGUCUCACUUCUUCUCCUUAGGAAAAACACAAAUCUCCUUUAAAGACUUUAGUGUUUUCCUCUCUUUUAUUUUUUCAUUUCAUCAACUCUUUAUACUCAUCUGAAGAUUUAGCUGAAGCAAAAAAAUAUGGAGGGGGAAUGCAGUUGCAGUUUUUACCAAAGGGCAAAGCCUUAUAUAGCUAUGAUCUCUUUGCAAUUUGGGUAUGCAGGGAUGAAUAUUAUUACCAAAGUUUCACUUAAUAGGGGCAUGAGUCACUAUGUUCUUGUUGUGUAUAGAAAUGCCUUUGCCACGGCAGUUAUUGCUCCCUUUGCGCUUUUACUUGAAAGAAAAAUCAGGCCAAAGAUGACACUAAUGAUGUUCUUGCAAAUAUUUGUAUUGGGUCUUCUGGGGCCAGUGAUUGAUCAAAAUUUAUACUAUGCUGGGCUCAAAUAUACAUCCCCAACAUUUUCAUGUUCCAUGAGCAACAUGCUUCCUGCUAUGAUAUUUGUCAUAGCAGUCCUCUGCAGGAUGGAGAAAGUGGACAUGAAGAAAUUUAGAUGCCAGGCAAAGGUGUUAGGAACUAUAGUAACUGUGGCUGGAGCCUUGUUAAUGACAUUGUACAAAGGCCAUAUUGUUAACUUCUUAUGGUCAAACCACAUAAAUGCUAGUGUCCCUGAAACUACCAGUGGAGCUUAUGAUAAAGACUGGCUAAAAGGUUCAAUUCUCCUCAUAUUUGCCACACUUGCCUGGGCUUCUUUCUUUAUUCUUCAGGCUUUCACUAUGAGGAAAUAUUCAGCUCCAUUAUCUUUAACUGCCCUUGUUUGCUUCAUGGGAACUCUGCAAUCUACAGCUGUAACAUUUGUAAUGGAGCACAAAACUUCAGUUUGGACUACUGGUUUUGACAUGAACCUUCUUGCUGCUGCCUAUGCUGGAAUUCUAUCAUCAAGCAUAGCAUACUAUGUACAAGGUCAAGUAAUGGAGAAAAAAGGACCUGUUUUUGUGACAGCUUUUAGUCCACUGAUGAUGAUCAUUGUUGCCAUCAUGGGAACUUUCAUUCUUGCUGAAAAAUUCUAUAUUGGAGGAAUUCUUGGUGCAGUGCUGAUAGUGGCAGGGCUAUACUCUGUUUUAUGGGGAAAAUACAAAGAGAAGGAAAUUGAGGAGUCAAUUAUUUUUGAAUCAAUGAAGGGUGUAAUUACAGGACAUAAUCAAAUGAUGAUUAUAUCAAUUAAUGAUAUAGAAUUAAUGCAGAAACAUGAAGAAAAAAGAAUCUCAACAGCUCCAGCAACAGUGGCUAUCAGCUUCCCCAUGCCACAGCCCCUCAUGUUGGCUAGGGAAGCACCAAAGGCUCUUGAUUUAAAUUAAAUUAGAUGAAAAAAUAUGAGUAGAGCAAUUUUGAUAUUACAAAUAUGUUUAGGGCAAUUCUCUUUUUGACCUUAUAAGAAUUGUAUAAAAUAACAAAUGUUCCUCUA